CCCGCGCCCGCGCCCGUGUCGCCGCCGUGCCCGCGAGCGGGAGCCGGAGUCGCCGCCGCCGCCCGAGUGCAGAAGAGCGCACGCCGAGGCUGUCUGUCACCGCCAUGGCCACCACGGUGACCUGCACUCGCUUCACCGACGAGUACCAGCUCUACGAGGAUAUUGGCAAGGGGGCGUUCUCCGUGGUGCGGCGCUGUGUCAAGCUCUGUACCGGCCAUGAGUACGCAGCCAAGAUCAUCAACACCAAGAAGCUGUCAGCCAGAGAUCACCAGAAGCUGGAGAGAGAGGCUCGGAUCUGCCGCCUCCUGAAGCACUCCAACAUAGUGCGCCUGCACGACAGCAUCUCCGAAGAAGGGUUUCACUACCUCGUCUUUGAUCUGGUCACUGGUGGGGAGCUCUUUGAGGACAUUGUGGCAAGAGAGUACUACAGUGAGGCGGAUGCCAGUCACUGCAUCCAGCAGAUCCUGGAGGCGGUUCUCCAUUGCCACCAAAUGGGGGUCGUCCACAGGGACCUCAAGCCUGAGAACCUGCUCCUGGCCAGCAAGUGCAAGGGGGCCGCGGUGAAGCUGGCGGACUUUGGCCUGGCUAUCGAAGUACAGGGGGACCAGCAGGCGUGGUUCGGGUUCGCUGGCACGCCGGGCUACCUGUCCCCAGAGGUGCUGCGCAAGGAGGCCUAUGGCAAGCCAGUGGACAUCUGGGCGUGCGGCGUGAUCCUGUACAUCCUGCUGGUGGGCUACCCGCCCUUCUGGGACGAGGACCAGCACAAGCUCUACCAGCAGAUCAAGGCCGGCGCCUACGACUUCCCAUCCCCCGAGUGGGACACAGUCACACCUGAAGCCAAAAACCUCAUCAACCAGAUGCUGACCAUCAACCCCGCCAAGCGCAUCACCGCACACGAGGCGCUGAAGCACCCGUGGGUCUGCCAACGCUCCACGGUGGCCUCCAUGAUGCACAGGCAGGAGACAGUAGAGUGUCUGAAGAAGUUCAACGCCCGAAGGAAGCUCAAGGGCGCCAUCCUCACCACCAUGCUGGCCACCCGGAAUUUCUCAGUGGGCAGACAGACCACCGCUCCGGCCACAAUGUCCACCGCGGCCUCCGGUACCACCAUGGGGCUGGUGGAACAAGCAGCCAAGAGUCUGCUCAACAAGAAAGCAGAUGGAGUCAAGCCCCAGACGAAUAGCACCAAGAAUAGCGCAGCUGCCACCAGCCCCAAGGGGACACUUCCUCCAGCUGCCCUGGAGCCUCAAACCACCGUCAUUCAUAACCCUGUGGAUGGGAUCAAGGAGUCAUCGGACAGCACCCACACCACCAUAGAGGAUGAGGACACCAAAGCCCCCAUGGCCCCCAACAUCCCGAGCUCAGUGAGGAGGGGCUUGGGGACCCAGGAAGCCGAGGGCCCCCCACCCUGCUCCUCUCUGGUUCCCAUUAGCCCUGCGCCUCCUUCGUCCCCCAGGGUCUCUGACAUCCUGAGCUCUCCCAGGAGGGGCUCGGGGAUCCCGGAAGCUGAGGGUCCCCUGCCCACCCCAUCCCCCAGGAUCUCUAACAUCCUGAACACGGUGAGGAGGGGCUCGGGGACCCCAGAGGCCCAGGGCCCCCUACCCUGCCCAUCUCCAGCUCUUCUAGGCCCCCCACCUGCCCCGUCCCGGAAGCAGGAGAUCAUCAAGAUCACUGAGCAGCUCAUCGAGUCAGUCAACAACGGGGACUUCGAGGCCUACGCGAAAAUCUGCGACCCAGGCCUGACCUCAUUUGAGCCUGAAGCUUUGGGCAACCUGGUCGAAGGGAUGGACUUCCACAGGUUCUACUUCGAGAACUUGCUCGCCAAAAACAGCAAGCCGAUCCACACGACCAUCCUGAACCCGCACGUGCACGUCAUCGGGGAGGACGCGGCCUGCAUCGCCUACAUCCGCCUCACGCAAUACAUCGACGGCCAGGGCCGGCCCCGCACCAGCCAGUCCGAGGAGACCCGUGUGUGGCACCGCCGUGACGGCAAGUGGCAGAACGUGCACUUCCACUGCUCAGGCGCGCCCGUGGCCCCGCUGCAGUGAUGAGCCCGUUGGUUGGUGUUUGGCGCCCAGCCGCCUCGGCACACGGCCUGCCUGUCGCAUGUUUGUGUCUGCCUCUUCCUCCCCUGGUGCCUGUGUCUGCAGAAAACCAAGACCAGAUGUGAUUUCUUUUUAAAAACAAGAUGACAGCAACAACCACACAUUUCGGAUGAAAUGGAAAAAAAAAAAACUAAACAAAGGAAAAAGCUGUAAAAAUGACUGGCAUUUGUGGGGCUUCAAACCUACUGGCCAUUCCCUACCCGAGCUCCACCUGUCUGUCUGCUCCUGGCCUCCGGACCGCCGGCGGUGAACUUGUCCACAGGGCGUCGCCCGUUGCCCUGCCACGUUUGUUCGAAGGGGCCCAGCCCUCUGCCCUGCGCACAGUGGGUAGUGUCUGGUGUCGUCUGGGGGCGCUGCGGGGGCCGCGGGCCUGAGCGCAGCUGUACCCUCUGCUUCUUUUCCUUUCCUCUCCCCCAACCAAGAAGGCGGGUGUGGGUGGGCACCCCAGCGUGGACGGCCGCGCAGAGGCUGGGUCAGCUCCCCAGAAGGACCAGUCAUGAGAGGAGCCCCAGGGGCCCAGGGCUCUGGCUCUCGCUCUCCUAGGAGCAGGAGGUGCAGAUGGGCACGCCUAGCGUCAGACUCAAGCUGGCUACACACUGGCCAGGAAGGCACCCUUGGCAGCAGCCCAGGGGGCCUUUCUCCGACACAGGGGCAGGGGCUUGAGGGGCAGGGGCUCCAGGGCUCCUGGCUACAGCAGUGUUCCUGGCCUUUGGCAGUGCUGCGGGAGGGCAGGGCCGACCCCCUUGCCAGGCUUCAGAAGGCUGCAGUGUGUGCUGGGGACCCUAUGGGGCAAGGGGGCGCAGGGCUCCCCGCAGUGAGGCUCAGGGAUGGCCUGUGUGGUCAGAUGGCCUGUGUGGUCAGAUGGCCGUGGGGAGCACCCAGGGGUGCGGGUGCGGGUCUGACCAGGACUGGUCACUGAGAUGUGGGACCCAACUCCUUCCCCUUUGAUUGACGUUUUCAACAAGGGUUCUCUUCAUCUUUCCUCACAAAUCAAGCAGGGGUGGGGUGGGGGGGGGCACGGACUGGGACAGGACACAGCACCUGCUCUCCAAGGUGACUGUCCAUCAUCGGACACUCGUAGUGGACACUCACCUGCCCGUCCACAGCUGUGCUCAGGACAGCUGUCCCCACUCAUGGACACAGGGUGAGCAUCUGCCAGGCUCCCUGGGUGUGGGCAGCACGUGGCAGGGCUCGCCGUGGGCGGCCUGGGCCUGGCCAUUCUCACCUCCUGGGGCCUCCUCCCACCUCUCCCACUCCUCGUUAUCUCUAUGGAGCUGCCUGUCUGGGUUAAUUUGGGGAUUUUUUUCUGGGGGAUAGUUCUUUUGCAUGACCCCCACAAGCAAGCCACACCUGCUCUCCUAGCUAGAUGUCUGCAGUGUGGCCUCGCCGGCCCGCCCUGCAGAGGGUCGGCUGCCGCGGUGCUGGCCGGCUUUCCUCCUCUCUUUUUGCUGAGUUUUAUUGUCUUUUCUUUCUGAGCCUUGUAAGUGUACAAAAAAUUAUUUUGUUCUGUCUCGGGAAACUGCAAAUAAAAGAAAAACAGGACAAACUGC